AAUAGCAUGAUGAAUCAUUAGCACUGCAGUGUAUGUGUCAAUCUGAACAGGUGGCUAUAACACAGUGAUGCAUCACAGCAAGGGAACACAAGGAGGCUAAAGAGAAUGUACCAUCUAUGCACUAUUUAUUUAUUUAUUCAUAUACUUAUUUGGUUCAGAUAUUCAUAUUUGUGUGUGUUUUCAUCCACAUUUACAUUUUUAACAGUAGUUGAAAUAAAUACAGUUUAGAAAGAAAUACUCUGAACUGAGCUCUCUUGGUAUCAUCAGCCACUGGUUUCUAUGACAACCAAUCAAAUGUACAGGGUGAUUAGCAUAUUUGUCCCCGCCCCCGCAGUGGUGAGAGAGAGAGAGAGAGAGAGGAAAUAAGAGAGAGUCAGUGUGUAUGAGCACCAUGCUGAAGCGAUGCUGCUUUAAACACAUUGUAUCUUUCAUCUUUUCAUCUAAACCCUAAACUUCACAUUGAACCCGCACGUCACAGACUCCAUCAGCUGUCCUACACUGUAAUGCUCUGACAGACUGUUCCUACAUCCAGCCUCGAGAUGAAUGUGAAUAGCUUAUUAAACAAAUGGACUCAGAUCCACAGGAUGUGUGAAGUGGACGUGUCGUCCGAACCGAGCAGUCCAACGCUGUACAGCGAGUCAUCAGAUGCAUACUACCAGGUGGACCGCUGGCAGAAGCUUCGCACAGCCGUGAGGAAACUCGAGUUCUGGGAGAACUUCAGCCAUGAACUUAUUGGGAGCGGCUUCUUCUCCAAAGUCUAUAAGGUGAUGCACAACACCACAUGCAAGGUGAUGGUGGUGAAGAUUUAUAAAAAUGACGUGGAUCAGGACAGCAUCGUCAGAGAAAUUAGCCUCUUACAGAAACUCUCUCACCCCAACAUAGUCAGGUAUCUUGGUAUCUGUGUGAAAGAAGACAAGCUGUAUCCCAUUCUAGAGUACGUGAGUGGAGGCUGUCUGGAGGAACUACUGGCUCGGAAAGAUGUUCCUUUGUGCUGGAGGGAGAAAGUGGACCUGGCUUCAGACAUCACCAGAGGAAUGAUCUACCUCCACUACAAGAACAUCUACCACAGAGAUCUCAACUCCAAGAACUGUUUGAUAAGGGUGACUGCCCGAGGCCGAGAGGCUCUGGUUACAGACUUUGGUUUGGCCAGGGAAGUAGUAGAACUUCCUGCCAAAGACAGAAAGCUGUCACUCGUCGGUUCAGCCUUCUGGAUGGCACCAGAGAUGCUGCGUGGGGAACCUUACGACCGCAAGGUUGACGUGUUCUCCUUUGGGAUAGUGUUGUGCGAAAUCCUGGCCAGAAUCCCAGCAGAUCCAGAAAUACUUCCAAGAACUCAAGACUACGGCUUGGACGUCUCUGCAUUCAAGAAGCUGGCUACUGGAUGUCCACAGCGUGUACUCGACCUGGCAGCUAACUGCUGUUUGAUGGAGGCGUUCCGGAGGCCGUCGUUCACCGAGGUGCUGGAUGAGCUGUCAGAGAUCGCAGAGACCCUGGAGCCGCCGACACACACCGAGCUGACCACUGGCUGAGCUUCAUCAUACACACCAGUCCUACAGCGAAUACUGCAUGCUUCUGUACAUAAUCCUGAACUCGCAAGCAAAAUCUCUCCCAGAAUCCAGCCAGACAGACAGACGGGAAAAGAUGGAGCUGUGAGCCGGACUGGCGUUGUUCAUGAAACAAAGACACAAUAUUCUUAGAGUUCUGCUGCUGACCUAAGAUCAGUUUGAUACAGUUGUGCAGAAAUAUGAGAGCUGCUGCUGAAUGGACUUAUCACCCAAUUCAGAUUUCAUGGACAAGAUGUUCUAAUUUGAUGUUCUUUUUUUUCGAGUUUUCGAGCCUUAACCAGUCACACUCUAGGGACCUGUUGUGGUGCACAGGUUUAUACCUCUUAGCUUAAUAUAAUCCAGACCUGGAGGACUGCAAACGGAAAAGAUGAUGAUAAUGAUGAAGGCAGUGAUAAUGAUGAUGGUGGUGAUGAUGAAGGCAUUGAAGAUGAUGGCAGUGAUGAUGAUGAAGGCAAUGAUGAUGAAGGUAGUAAUGAUGAUGAAGGUGAUGAUGAAGGCAGUGAUGAUGAUGAUGAUAAUAAUAAGUUCAAUUUAUAUAGCGCCUUUCACAAACCCAAGGACGCUUUACACAGGAGUUACAAAAAAAAUGAUGAUGAUGAAGGCAGUGAUGAUGAUGAUGAAGGCGAUGAUGAUGACGAAGGCAGUGUAGAUGACAAUGAUAAUGAUAUUUCUUCAGGCAUAAAAGUGAAUGUUUGUACAUUUUUGUACAGAAAAGUCAUGUAUAUACCUUGAGUAUUUUGGUACACAAUCCUCUGUACUGUAUUUGCGUCUUGUUUCUUGCCUUUUAUUAUAUAGUGUGCUUGCAGAGUUGCCUAAAAUAGAGCUUAUAUAAUAAGAGAAGUUGUACAAACAUGACUUCCUACCUAGAGUGGUGUGCUUUUAGUGCAGGAAAUCUGCUUCCUGGAGAAAGGGAAGACCAUUUACACACACUUACACUUGCAUUCCCACCAGUCUUUUAUGUUUUCUAACCCAGGAGGUCAGUCCAUGUUUGUUAGAAGAAUCAAGGCUCAAUAGGAUCAAAAACUGUGUGAGAUUUUGCCUCUUGUUGUUUGUGUAGCACCUUAUUAAUCCCAUUGUAUAUUAUUAUUUUUUAUAUAGGGCGGCACGGUGGUGUAGUGGUUAGCACUGUCGCUUCACAGCAAGAAGGUCCGGGUUCGAGCCCCGUGGCCGGCGAGGGCCUUUCUGUGUGGAGUUUGCAUGUUCUCCCCGUGUCCGCGUGGGUUUCCUCCGGGUGCUUCGGUUUCCCCCACAGUCCAAAGACAUGCAGGUUAGGUUAACUGGUGACUCUAAAUUGACCGUAGGUGUGAAUGUGAGUGUGAAUGGUUGUUUGUCUCUGUGUCAGCCCUGUGAUGACCUGGCGACUUGUCCAGGGUGUACCCCGCCUUUCGCCCGUAGUCAGCUGGAAUAGGCUCCAGCUUGCCUGCGACCCUGUAGAACAGGAUAAAGCGGCGAGAGAUGAUGAGAUGAGAUGUACAUACAUGGCCAAAAGUAUUGGUACACUUCUUCUUUUCUCUCCCCCCCCAGACAUCUACACAGGCAUAUUUGCUUUGCAGUGAAAGAAAAUAAAAUAAACAAACAAACAAAAAAAACUGUAAGAAGAGCUGAAUUUUGAAGUGUCGCCACAGCGGGUCAUCUUGAGCCACAUAUUGGAUUUGGCAUACGCUGUCAGAAAUAGGGGUAGAGUCGGAGUCCAUUUCUGUCCCCCAAGGUACAGUCUACACUAAUGUACCCCCUUGAGUUCAUUAUUGGACUUCAAGGUAACUAUGUCUACCUUUUAAGGGUCAAAAAGGUAUAUGUUCCCAGUCAAGAUAUAAAGGGUACAAAUAAGUACCUUAGAGGGUACUGCCUCAGAGACAAGCCAUUGUACUUCUAAAGGUACAAUAAAGUCCUUUGUUUUCUGAGAGUGUAGGUUUCUACACCGGAUGCCCUUCCUAACACAACGCUCCCCAGUCUAUCUGGGUUGGGUCCGGCGCUAAGUAUGCACCGUCUUGUGUAACCCCAGUAGCUGGGUAUUUUACCUAAUCUGCAUGUCUUUGGACUGUGGGAGGAAACCGGAGCACCUGGAGGAAACCCAUGCAGACACACGGAGAGCAUACAAACUCCAUAGAGCAAAAGCCCCCAUCGGCCGUGAGCUUCGAACCCGGAGCCUUCUUGCUGUAAGGCAACAUUGCUAACCACUGUGCCACCCCCAAGGAUAAUAUUAACCAGACAUAUUCAUCUUAAUUCAGUACGUAUUUAGGAAACUCCAGUUUCAUACAAUUCCUUGCUUACAAAAAGGUCCAUAUUAGCAAGUACAAUAAAUAAAUGUUCAAACCAAAUGCCCUUUAACAAUUAAUGAAUCUCUAUUCUGUGGCUGUGUUUGUUUUCACACU